AUGCUUGCUGGUUAUACACAAAAUGGGCUUUAUGAGAAGGCCUUAGCACUCUUUAUGGAAAUGGUGGAGGUCUCAGGACUAUUUCCAACUCCCACUUCAAUGGCAAGUGUCUUGUCAGCUUGUGUUCACUGCGAGGCAUUUGCUGAUAAACAAAUUAUGCAUGGGUAUGUAGUGAAAUUGGGUUUUGGGAUGGACAGGUAUGUGAAAAAUGCACUUAUGGACAUGUACUCUAGGAUGGGGAAAACAGAUAUUUCAAGGUAUAUAUUUGACAGCAUGGAGAGUAGAGAUAUAGUUUCAUGGAAUACAAUGAUCACAGGUUAUGUAGUUUGUGGAUCCCAUGAAGAUGCCCUUGCUCUUCUACAUGAUAUGCAACAAUUAGAAGGGAAGAAUGAUAAUUAUGAGGAUGAAGAAAGAGUUCCUUACAGACCAAAUUCAAUAUCGCUCAUGACAAUCCUUCCUGGUUGUGCUUCCCUGGCAGCACUAGCAAAGGGAAGAGAGAUCCAUGCUUACGCGAUUAGAAAUGCAUUGGAGUCUGAUGUUGCUGUUGGAAGUGCAUUGGUUGACAUGUAUGCGAAAUGUGGUUGCCUGAACUUAUCUAGGAGAGUUUUUGAUGGUAUGCCGUCCAAAAAUGUGAUUACAUGGAAUGUUAUCAUAAUGUCUUAUGGAAUGCAUGGCAGAGGAAAGGUAGCCUUAGAACUUUUUAAGAAUAUGGUGGCAGAAGGAGCACAAGGGGGGGAAGUUAAACCUAAUGAGGUUACAUUUAUUGCAAUUUUUGCGGCAUGUAGCCACUCUGGGCUGGUCAAUGACGGCCGAAACUUGUUCCACAAAAUGAAAGAUGACCAUGGUAUUGGACCUACAGCUGAUCACUAUGCUUGUGUUGUCGAUUUGCUUGGUCAAGCAGAUUAUCUGGAGGAAGCAUAUCAACUUGUCAAUGAGAUGCCUCCAGAUUUUGACAAAGUCGGUGCUGGGAGUAGUUUUCUUGGUGCUUGCCGGAUUCACCAAAAUGUAGAACUUGGGGAAAUCGCAGCCAAUAAUCUCCUUCAAUUGGAGCCAGAUGUGGCUAGCCACUAUGUUCUACUCUCCAAUAUCUACUCCUCUGCUGGGCUAUGGGAAAGAGCAAUGGAGGUUCGGAAGAACAUGAAGGAAAUGCGGGUACAAAAAGAACCUGGUUGCAGUUGGAUUGAGUUCGGUGAUGUGGUACACAAGUUCAUGGCUGGGGAUGUCUCACAUCCACAAAGUGAGCAGCUUCAUGGUUUUCUUGAGAGUUUGUCUGAGAGGUUGAAAAAAGAGGGUUAUGUGCCUGAUACUUCCUGUGUUCUUCAUAAUGUCGGUGAGGAAGAAAAGGAGAAUCUGCUAUGUGGACACAGCGAGAGACUAGCAAUUGCAUUUGGUAUCCUCAAUACCCCUCCUGGUACUACCAUUCGGAUAGCCAAGAACCUCAGAGUUUGUAACGACUGUCAUGCUGCUACUAAAUUCAUCUCAAAGAUUAUGGAGAGGGAGAUCAUUGUGAGGGAUGUUCGGAGAUUCCAUCAUUUCAUAGAUGGAACUUGUUCAUGUGGGGAUUAUUGGAAGACCCAAUUGAGGGGACAUGUACUUGACGUCUCCUUUGCUAUCAGUUAA